ACACACACACACACACACACACACACACACACACACACAAAGAUAAAGAUAUUUCUACCAGCUGACACACGUGCUGACUUCCUGCUGAGGCCACAAUGAGGGAACGACCCCGCGCUGACCACUGGAGCAGGAGGGGAGGGUACAGAAGUGCUGACCCUGGUGCUGACGCCUUAAGAAACUCGUAUUCAAGCUACCUACCGAGUGCUGAGCGAAGCAGAUGGGCUGACACUUCAAGGCUGAGCUCUAGAUACGGUUUCCCAAGUGCUGACUCCUCACACGCUCCACUCGCUCCGUGCUGACUGAUGCUGACUCCGCCUUGUCCAGACUCCGUGACGAUGCUGACAGGGAAAUGUCCAGACUGACUGCUGACUCCGGUAGACUCAGCAGGGACGGGCUAGCACCACGGAGGGCUGACAGCAUAGUGGACCGAAUCUUGGGUGCUGAGCGCAGGAACCCGUCAGCACGUCAGCAUAGUUACAGUGGUGCUGAGAGGGCUGACGUCACGCCGAUAAGAAUCACAAGGGAGGCUGACGAGAUACCAAUAAGGGUCGUGAGGUCAGCAGAUGUCAGCGAGAGGCGUGCUGACUUCAGAGCCUCACCAGCUGACGCAAGGUGUAUAAAGAUUGAUGUAGAGCGUGGCCAUGCUGACGUCAGGAGUAAGUCACGUGAUGUCACCCCUGUCAACGUGCCAAUUGUUAGAAUCCCGCCUGCUGACGUCACCAAGGCCCCGGGUGACGUCAGCACAGCGUCAGCGUCUGAAAUACCGGUGACUCUAAAGGUUUCGAGUCCUGCUGACAUCACUACACCAGAUGUCACCACCAUAACUGCUGACUUCGCUAGACCUGCUGAACCAAACAAGGCUGACAUCACCAAAACUGACAUCAUCUCUACACCUGCUGACAUCACCACACCUGCUCAACGCACCAAGGCUGACAUCACACCAAACAUCACUACACCUGCUGAACAGACCAAGGUUGACAUCACCAUCAAACCUGCUGACAUCACCGCCAAAACUGAUAUCACCACACCUGACAUUAAGACUGACAAAUCCACACCUGCUGACAUCACCAAAACUGACGUCACUACCACACCUGCUGACAUCACCACACUUGACAUCAUUACCCCUCCUGACAUCACCAAAACUGACCCCACACCUGACAUCACCACCAAAACUGAUGCCACCACACCUGACAUCACCGAAACUGACAUCACCACACCUGACAUCACCACUAAAACUGACAUCACCACACCUGACAUCACCACAACUGACCCCACACCUGACAUCACCACGCCUGACCCCACACCUGACAUCACCACAACUGACCCCACACCUGACAUCACCACAACUGACCCCACACCUGACAUCACCACGCCUGACCCCACACCUGACAUCACCACGCCUGACCCCACACCUGACAUCACCAAAACCACAACUGACAUCACCAAAACUGACCCCACACCUGACAUCACCACGCCUGACCCGACACCUGACAUCACCACGCCUGACCCCACACCUAACAUCACCACGCCUGACCCCACACCUGACAUCACCAAAACCACAACUGACAUCACCAAACUGACCCCACACCUGACAUCACCACGCCUGACCCGACACCUGACAUCACCACGCCUGACCCCACACCUGACAUCACCACGCCUGACCCCACACCUGACAUCACCCAAACUGACCCCACACCUGACAUCACCCAAACUGACCCCACCACACCUGACAUCACCCAAACUGACCCCAAACCUGACAUCACCACAACUGACCCCACACCUGACAUCACCCAAACUGACCUCACACCUGACAUCACCACUAAAACUGACAUCACCACACCUGACAUCACCACGCCUGACAUCACCACGCCUGACAUCACCACGCCAAGACCAUCAGUGAGCCGAGAGGCAACACCUUACCUAUGGAAACGAAAACAGACCAUGGCCCGGGAGAAGCUUCACUCAGCAGCUACAGAGGGAGACACAGACCUGCUGAGCGCCCUACUGAUGGAAGGCGCCUCUGCUGACACACUCGACGCGCGCUGCCAAACACCCCUGCACCUGUCAGCCAAGGCCGGAC